AUGGUCGUCCGCAUACGUCUUGCCCGCUUCGGGCGCGUCAACCAGCCUUUCUACAACAUUGUUGUCUCGCAGGCCAGAACCGCCCGCAACAGCAAGCCCAUCGAGGUAAUCGGCACCUAUGACCCGGUCCCCAGACAAGACCCCUACGACGCCACGACGAAGCCGCACAAGGAAAUCCGUCUCGACUCGCUGCGCGCAAAAUACUGGAUCGGUGUAGGAGCCCAGCCGACCGAUACAGUCUGGAGACUUUUAUCAAUGGUCGGAAUUCUCGAGCCAAAGUACAGACCAGACGGCCAGGCCAACACCGCAACGGCAGCCAAGUCCCUCAAAACUCCCGCGGCGCCGUCAUCAUAA